CACACAGUCACUUGGUAGACGCCGGGUUGCACACACGCUUUGGAUAACAUGCUGACUGCACAUUGCUACAAUUGUUGCAUACACUGGUUACCAAGGAUCGUAUAGAACUGUUAUUUACCUUUAACAAUGAAUCUAACCAAUGAAGAUGUCGACGUCAGACUUUUGGGCCAGUGACGUCAUCAUGAUAGACUACAUAACACAAUGUAUUCUCUUCUUCUCCCUUAUCCCAGGUCUUCUAGGGCUCCAGCUGACCGAGUUGACGGUUCCUUCUCACGCCAACCUGGGACAGUCAAUCACACUCUAUUGCUGGUUCAACCUGGACGGUGCGAGGCUAUACUCCGUCAAGUGGUAUAAAGACGAGUUUGAAUUCUUCAGGGUCAUGCCUGACAACAAGCCCCAGAUGCAAGUCUUCCCUCUCGCUGGGAUCAUACUUGACGAGUCCCGGUCAGACAUGAACAAAGUGAGUUUGUCAGAACUGAGUUUCAACAGCAGCGGAAAUUACCGCUGUGAGGUGUCCACGGAGGCGCCAAGGUUCGAAAGUAUCUUCAAGAGCAGCAAUAUGACAGUUCUGGCAUACCCAGACAGAGACCCGGUGAUUUCCGGGACCCAGGAGCACUAUCUGCCUGGAGACUACAUCACAGCCAACUGUACCUCUGGACAGAGUAAUCCUCCGGCCGAGCUGGAGUGGCUCAUCAACGGAGCCAAGGCAGACUCCUGGUUCGUAGAGAAGUCUCUGCCAGUCGUCACUUCUACAAGGGAGCCUCUGUACACGAGAUCCCUCGGGUUGAGGUUCCAGGCACACAAACGCUACUUCCAGAGUCUGGACGCCACUCUGCACCUUCGCUGCACCUCCAAGGUGGCUGACCUUCCUCUGUCUUACGCUGACUUCUACCCCCAUCUCAGCACACACCUCACCAACGAAAAACUCGCCCAGGAGAUACACGCCAGCAAGGGCUCAUUCUCAGGCACACAAGAUUUGCUGCUUCAAGUAGCUCUUCUAUUACACAUCUUGCUCAACAUGUUAUGACACGCACAUUAAAGUCCGCGCUCUUGUACUUAUUCCAUUUGUAAUCAUUUUCGUGUGAUAUCAUGGCUGUUUUAUGUAUAGUGUUUGUAGCAUUGUUAUUUAAUUAAAUACAUA